AGAAGACAUCUUCAUUAAUGUAUGAACUGCGGUCAGCAUAAGAAGACUGACAACUGUCAAAUGACAAUAGUAUUAAGAAUUUACGUUCGCGCGUGGUUGAGAAGAAUUUAGAAUGGCAGCGGAAAUAAAGCCCGCCCCGGGUGUAAAUCACGAUAAAUUCAGCAGCAAUCGCAAGCCGAUACUUCUAUCGAAAUUGGAGGGCUGCAGUGACGAUGUUAAUGCCGCUAUUAUUAUUCCGCGGGAAGAGGGUGUAAUCAGUAUUUGCGAUGACAGGACUGUUAGAGUAUGGUUAAAGCGGGAUUCUGGCCAAUAUUGGCCAAGUAUUUGUCAAUAUAUGCCAGCAGGUGCUACUUCCAUGCAUUAUUGCAUAGAAACAAGACAAUUAUUUGUUGGCUUGGAUAAUGGGAGUAUAAAUGAAUUUAUCUUGGAACAAGAUUAUAAUCGAAUGACAGCUAUGCGCGAUUAUCUGGCGCAUCAAGCAAGAGUCACAGGGAUUAUUUUUGCGCCAGAUUCCGAAUGGGUUUUAAGUAUAGGUCGCGAUAAAUUAUUUCAACUGCACAGUUCUGAAACAGGACAGAAAUUAGGAUCAUACCAAACAGAUGCAUGGUAUACCGCUCUACAAUUUGACGCCCAAUCCAAACAUGCUUUCGUAGGAGAUUAUUCUGGUCAAAUAGCAAUGUUAAAAUUGGAUAAUAAUGGUGUUACCUUCAUUACUACAUUAAAAGCACACACAGGAAGUAUUCAUACAUUAGCAUGGGAUUCUGAAAAACAAUUAUUGUUUUCUGGAAGUUUUGAUCAAAGCAUUAUUGUUUGGGACAUUGGAGGUCGUCAAGGCACUGCUUAUGAAUUACAAGGACAUCAUAACAAAGUGACAGCAUUAUGUUAUGCGAGCAAUGAGCGUCUCCUUUUAUCCGGAGGCGAAGAUGGCGUAAUCGUUUGUUGGAAUAUGGCAGCAAAUAGGAAAGAAACUGCGGCUUGGGUCGAAUCUGACAUCUGUCAGGCCUGCGGGAGACCUUUUUUCUGGAAUAUAAAAGCAAUGAUGGAUCAAAGACAAUUAGGCUUGAGGCAACACCAUUGUCGCUAUUGUGGUCGCGCAUUGUGUGCCCGCUGCACAUCGCAACGGAUACCGAUACCGGCGAUGGGUUUCGAGUUUGAAGUAAGAGUCUGUGAUCAGUGUCAUAUACAACUCAAGUCUGAGAACCAAUUGUCUUUAGCAUCUUUCCAUGAUGCUAAACACAGCAUCAUUGGAAUGGACUUAGAUGCUCCUAAGAGAAGAUUGUUGACUAUCGGACAGGAUCGUGUUAUUAAAAUUUGGGAUAUAACCGCACUCUUUCAAUGAAUUAUAUAUAUAUAUAUAUGAAUAUCGAUAUAAUGUCGAAGUUGAAAUCAAAUUAUAUAGAUAUCAUAUACUCUGGAAUUGCGAAAGAAGGAAGAAUACCCCAAAACCUAUUUUUUUGUGAUUAUGUUAUAUGUCUGAUUAUAAAUUGGAUUCAAUUGGUGGUCUGUUAUUAGUCGUCGUACUGAUAGAAUACCAAAAUAGCAAACAAACGAUCAGAUUAAUACUGCUAGAGCACGUGCUUAUUCAUAUAUAUAUUUUCUGCAUUAGAUAUCAGAACAAUUCAAGAAGAUAAUGAGUACAGCGCAAGCAUGUUAAUUCAAUGGAAUUGUCUUUAAAAAUAUUGUAUUAAUGGAAAUAUCCCCGCCUUCCCAUCCUCCACAGAAGCGUUUGUGUAAUAAUACUUGAUUACACAUAAAUAAUAGUCCCUGAAUGUAAAUGCAAAGUUUAUAAAUUUCCUAAUUUAAAACACAUACAAUGUGUAUAUAGUUACUAUACACAACAUAAAAAAUGUGCAAUAUCUUUUGAAAUAAAAUUGGAUUUUUUUAAUGAUAAAUUUACAUUAAAUGAUAUAAUCGCGCAGAAUCCUCCUUUCAAAAAAAUGACAUUUAUAUUAAUGAAAAUGAUAUAUGAAUAAUGAAAUUGAAAGGCCAAUCAAAUUUAAAUCAACAUUUAGUUACAUACAUUGUAAUGCAAUUGUCUGUUUUGCAUAUUUUAUUAUCAAAAUCUUCAAAGUAUUCUCGUAUAUGUUAUCCAAAUUUAGUUUUGGUGAAAAAACAAUUAAGAGAAUGAUAGAAUCAGUAAUUGACUAAUGGUACAAGUAUUGACUAUGAUUUAUUUAAUAUAAGAAUAGAAAUAGGCAAAUAUUUUAAGAAUUUUGUAUUUGUUCGCGUUUCUACAUUAUUUGCUACUACUAAACUAUUUGAGUAAUUUAGUAUGUAAAUUUUCAGCUAUAUACCAUUUUUAAAUGAACUCAAAUAAGUAGUGAUAUAUCUUGUAUUAUGUCCUUUAUAUAUAUAGUCUUAUUUGUUAUAUAAUUUAUAAAUAUUAUUAUAUCAUUCUUUUUUUAUGAGAGAACUAGAAAAAAUAUCUAGCAUUAAUUAUAUCAAUUAUUUUCUUGAUUAUUAAAAUUUCUCUCUUCUCGAAUACAAAAAAUAUAGAGGUACAAGUUAUGCAAAAUUAAUUCAUUUAAAUAUAAUGAUUUAUUAUAUUUCCUAUUAUAAAAUUAUAUAUAAUUUACUUUUCGUCGAAUAAAAUGAUAUUAUUAUUAUUAUCAUAGACUUUUGCAAUUAUAGAGAUCUUGUUGGCAUGAAAAAACGAUUUUAAAAUGAUAAAAACUUUGAUAAUACAGUGAUAAUAAAAGCUUCCAUCAAAUUUAGAAUGUAUAAGACGAAUAAAUUAUAACACCAAAACAUUAUUUCAUGUAAACAUCACACAAGAACGCAAUUUUAAUUAGUUUUUUCAUCCCCGCCCGAUGUACAUAACAAGCAUAUCUUGUACCUGAAAAUAUGUAAAAUUAUUUCAUACCAAUUACUGUCUCACUGAGACUAUGAAAGAAAACAUCCUUGUUAUCAAAGUGCAUCUAAAUUUAUUCGCAGAAUAAAUUUUGCAUUUUGAGUAGAUGAACGUGCAAAUACAAUUUACAUGGUCCAAAUGAACAAUCUAUUAAAUAUAAAUAUAUAUAUAUAUAUGUAUUGUACAUUUAUAAGCCCGAUUAGAGAACACUAUAGCAAGUGCUAUCGCAUUUUUGUAUAUGUUUUGCUAAAAGGUAUAUGUACAAUAUUUAACACAUAUAUGUAUAUGUGCUUCUUAUUAUAAACGUACGCUGUUAUACGACCAAACAUUUAUAUCGUCAAACGACGAUUAUUCAAACAUUCAUGAUUGUAUGCACAAAAACGAACGAAUGUUAAAUUACGCACUGCAUGUCACUCGCUAUCGGAAUACAGUAUACAUAUGUAACUAACAGAGAAGAAUGUAAAAAGAAAUAAUUAAUAAGCUAUGUGUAUGUAUCCUAUCAACGUCGAAUUAAUAUACAAAAUAAAAAUAUAUUUUUAAUGUAAAA